CUAAACUUAACUGACGGUGGGGCUAAGAGGGGCAAACGUCAUCUGCGUCUUGUACUAGCCUCCGCUAUAGCAAGGGCCUCCAUAGAUUGCGACUCUACUUAUACGGAUAUUACAUAUACUCCUUCUUUAAGAUUCCGCAGGAAUAACCGCCGCGGGAUCCGGCAUAUCCAAUCAUGGCCACAACCGUAAUCCUCGGCGCAGGCAUCAUCGGCACGUCGACAGCAUACUACCUCUCCAAGCACCAGCCAGGGUCCAGCAUCCACCUCGUGGAGCCGUCGCCCGAGCUGUUCGCGUCGGCGUCCGGGUUCGCCGGCGGCUUCCUGGCCAAAGACUGGUUCUCGCCCGCCUCGGCCGGGCUGGGCGCCCUGAGCUUCGAGGAGCACCGCAGGCUCGCCGAGCGAGAGGACGGGAGGAGCAGGUGGGGGUACGCGGCUAGCACGUCCGUCGGCUUGUCCCCGCCCACGCACAAGAAGAGGGUCGACGUGUGGUGUCGCGUCGGCGCCAGCCGCGCUGAGGCCGCGAGCGGCGCUGCGACGGCGCCGGCUGUGGCGCCGGAGUGGUUGAGCGGGCAUGGGGGCGCGGUGGAGGUUAUUAGUGGCGAAGGGACCGUGGCGCAAGUGGAUCCAUUGCAGCUGUCGCAAUUCCUACUCCAGAAAUGCAUCGACGCGGGCGUGCGACUCCAUCACCCUGCGAAGGCGAUAUCUAUACAAACAGACGUGCGCAACGAGCUCGCGAGUAUAUGUAUCGCGGACACGCUGUCUAGCUCCGAGACGGAUAUUCCGUGCACCAACGUCGUGAUCGCGGCCGGUGCGUGGUCGCCCCAGGUCUUCGCUACGCUGUUUCCCACCUCGGGGUUCGAGUUGCCUGUCUCGAGCCUUGCGGGACAUUCGCUGGUGGUGAAAUCGCCGAAGUGGACGAAGGAGCAUGAGGGAGAUGGUUGCCAUGCCGUCUUCAUGGAGAGCAAGCCGGGGUACUCGCCGGAGAUCUUCUCUAGGAUAGGGGGACAUAUCUACGUCGCGGGAUUGAAUUCGACGACGGAGCCGCUGCCUGCGUUAGCUACGGAUUCGAAGAGUAGUAUCUCGAGGCCUGCUAUCGAGAAACUACGCGGAACGGCUAGAGAGGUGUUGGGUGCAGACGACGUAGAGGUGGUGAGGGAAGGCCUGUGUUUCCGUCCGGCGACCGAUCGGGGCACCCCAAUCCUGAGUCGUAUUCCGGACAGUUGUCUUGGGCCCGCUGUGAACACGAGGCCUGCUCCCGAGGGGGGAGUGUAUCUUGCGACUGGGCAUGGGCCGUGGGGUAUCAGUAUGAGCCUUGGAACGGGGAAGGUCAUGGCUGAGAUGAUUCAGGGGAGGGAGUUGAGCGCCGAUGUGUCUGGGCUAGGUUUAAAUGUCUGAUCGGGAGACUAUGUCAUCGCGGUGUCUUGGACCCUGUUUAUCAUGGAAUGAUCUCGAUGAAAGAUAAUUAUCAGCCCUGAGGAUGUUCGGUGUUCUUAUCACUUGGUUAUUAAGAGCACGCAUUCAAAAUGUCUUUGGCCGGUUUACUAGCUCAUACAGAACAUGACAACAUCUACCCCUUCCUAUAUGUUAACCUAGGUAAAAAAGAGAAUAACAACAUC